AUGGGGGUCGAGGUGGGAUGGCAAGACCUCGAGGAAGCCAUCCGAAUAGGACGAGAAGCCAUCGAUGCCACCCCGUCAGAUCAUCCCGAGCCGGCUAUGUUCUUGAACAACGUUGGGAAUCGUCUAGGCGACAGAUACUCGCGGAACGGAGCGAUGGCAGACCUCGAGGAAGCGAUCCGAGUUGGACGAGAAGCCAUCGAUGCUACCCCGCUAUAUCAUCCGAACCGGGCUGGAUGGCUGAACAACCUCGGAAAUUGUCUAGGCGACAGAUACUCGCGGAACGGAGCGAUGGCAGACCUCGAGGAAGCGAUCCAAGUAGGACGAGAAGCCAUCGAUGCCACCCCGGUAGAUCAUCCGGACCGGGCUGGAUGGUUGAGCAACCUCGGAGUUCGUCUAGGCGACAGAUACUCGCGGAACGGAGCGAUGGCAGACCUCGAGGAAGCGAUCCGAGUUGGACGAGAAGCCAUCGAUGCCACCCCGGUAGAUCAUCCGAACCGGGCUAUGUUCUUAAUCAACCUCGGAGUUCGUCUAGGCGACAGAUACUCGCGGAACGGAGCGAUGGCAGACCUCGAGGAAGCGAUCCGAGUUGGACGAGAAGCCAUCGAUGCCACCCCGGUAGAUCAUCCGAACCGGGCUAUGUUCUUAAUCAACCUCGGAGUUCGUCUAGGCGACAGACACUCACGCACAAGCGCGAUGGCAGACCUUGAGGAAGGCAAGGAACGCUUCGUCGCUGCCUUGCGUCAGUCCGCCUCCGCUGUGAGCAUGCGUGUCGCAGCCGGCCGUCAUCUUCUGACAUCCCCAGCUAUACUUCAAGAUCGACAAGCAUACGCCAUUGCCAAAACGACGAUCGACUUGAUUCCCUUAUUGACGCCCCGUUCUCUGCAGAACUCAGACAAGCGGCACCUCCUCUCCGCGGCUGUCGGACUCUCGUCGGACGCGACAGCCAUUGCUCUGCAUGCCAACAGAGGCCCUGCUGCUGCUAUCGAACUGCUUGAGACUGGUCGUGGUGUCAUCGCGGGAGCCCUCUUCGAGCAAUCCGACCUUGCCGCUCUCGAACGCGAGCAUCCCGACCUGGUACGUUCCUUUAUCGACCUGCGAGAUCAACUGGACGCACCGGCGUCGGCUCGUUCCCUCGCUGCCGAGCGCCCCACUCUGGCCGCAGAGACGGAAGGCGAUCGGCGCCGCGACGCUGGACCCCAGCUUGCCGCUCUCCUCGAGACGAUCCGUUCCAAGUCCGGUUUUGAGCGAUUCCUCCUCUCCGCAUCGGAAGCCGAUAUGCUGGAGGCUGCGCGGCACGGCCCGAUCGUCGUCCUGAACGUGAGCUCGUAUCGCUGCGAUGCCUUGGUCAUUGAGCAGUCCGGCAUCCGAUUGCUGGAGCUGCCACACCUCUCCCGAGAGGCGCUCAACGACCAUGUCCGGGAACUUAGAACUCUUGACACGCUUGGGUGGCUCUGGGAUGCCAUCGUCUGUCCCAUUCUUAAUGCUCUAGGCUUUACUGGACCUCCUUCGGACAGUCAGUGGCCGCAAGUGUGGUGGGUCCCCACCGGCCCACUGACCCGGUUUCCACUCCAUGCAGCGGGACACCAUCUAAGGCGCACUGGCGAGACGGCGGUCGACAGAGUCGUCUCAUCGUACGCCUCGUCCGUCAAGGCGAUCAUACAGAGUCGGCGACGGCCACAGCACGCGCCGGAAGCCGGAGAGUCCCGAAAUGCCGUUGUCGUUGCCAUGCAGAACACGCCAAAACAGGAACCGCUCAAGCAUGCGAGCGACGAGGUUGAUGCCGUAGUAGCUGUUUGCGAGUCGGUGGGAUUGCCGCACGCCCGGCCUCGACCGUGCAAGGCCGACGUCUCCUCGGCCUUGGAGGCCUGCAAGAUGUUCCACUUUGCUGGCCACGGCAGCACGCAUCCCACGGAACCGCUGGAGAGCCAGCUGCUCCUGGAUGAUUGGGAUCGGAAGCCAUUCACGGUGGCGAGCCUCCUGGAGACGAACCUUACCUCGAAGCCGCCAUUCCUCGCGUACCUCUCGGCAUGCGGGACUGGUCAGAUCCUGGAUGAGGGGUCUGUUGACGAGAGCAUCCAUCUGGCCAAUGCUUGCCAGCUUGCGGGGUUCCGUCAUGUAGUGGGCACGCUUUGGAGCGUAAAUGACGGGUUAUGUGUGGACAUGGCGAGAAUGACGUACGAGUUUCUGCGGGAUGAGGGUAUCCGGGAUGAAACCGUAAGCCGGGGGCUUCACCGAGCGAUGAGGACGCUCCGAGACCAGUGGGUGGAGUUCGAGGAUGCCGGACGCGGAAAGUCAUGGUCAUCGGGAGCGGACAGGGACGCUGAAUUGAGACAAGGGUCGGAGCCGAGGCGGCCGCUCUGGGUUCCUUAUGUUCACUUUGGCGUUUGAUAUUGAAUGUCAUACAACAUUUGACUUCUCGCCAUGUGUGAGAAACCAGGCUUGCGCGCAAUCCUUCCAAGGUAACGUGUUGGAACCAUUUUUACCCAUCGCUCUUGCUGAAGGCGAUUACGCCCACUUUGCACAAUGAUGUUCUCAAGGUAGGCUUGUAGAAUACUCCAUUUUGCGGGGGCUAGUUACAUUUGACGCUGCCUCCACAAAGAUGUUUUAACUCAUAGAGCAAUGGGAACCAACUGUUAACUGUA